AUGCAUCGUCUCUUUGCUGCAUUUGGAUUACGAUUUCGAGGGGAAUAUGAAGAUUUGUGGUUAAAAACUUAUCCACGAUCGAUUCGACCUUGUUGUCGACCAGACUGUAUUCAAAUCGAUCUGUUUGGUUUUGCACAUCUUCAAACAAACACCUAUAUUCCUUCUAUCACAUCACCAAAUUUUGAUCCUGUUGAUUCAUACACUUCAUACACAAUAUUAAAAGAAAAAGAAAAAGAAUUCCGAGCCAAUCAAAUUAUUAUCGGUGAAAUUACAACGUCAUGUCUCGAUUUUGAAUGUACUACUCCAGAAUCAAUAGUAAGUUCACGUGUUGAUAUUUUACUAUUCUUCUUUAUGUGCCUGUUUCUUGUUUAGUUCAAUAAUACAUCAACGAAACGAUUGAUUCAAAAAGUACUUCAACUUGAAAGAAUACUUUAUUUUUUAAUGAAGUUUUAUUAUCAUCCAAGUUGUGCAGAAAAUUUCAUUGUCAUGUUAUCUGGUCGUUUCAAUAAAUGCCGAUCACCAAGUCGUAUUCUCGACUCAUUGAUAAGUACCGAUUUAACUGUUACAUUUCCUUUACUCUUCUGUUUGUAUGAAAAAAAACGUUUUUUUUUUGUAUGAUUAGCAUUUUGUUAGGAUGUGAUUCAUUCGGACUCGUCUCCUUCGUGUUGCACAUAUAGUGAGUACCAAAAUUGAUCAACAAGCAGAAUAAACUUUUUCGAUGAGCUCAUAUUUCGACUACUAUAUGAACUGCAAUGACCCUAGUUUGUCCAUAUUGUAGCCCAUAUUAUCUAAUAUAUACACACAAAAUUUCAAGUAAAAUCAUCCUUCUUUUCUACAGUUAUUGAACAAACUACGAUAAACUUUGUAGAACAUCGGUAUAGUUUAUAUGUCUAGAAGAAGUUACUAUCUUCACUUUAUACGAUUAAAAUAUAUAAUAAAACACAGUUUCUAAUACAGUUUUCCACGCUCUUUUAGGUGAUACCUUGGAAAUCAAAAAUCAGUUUAGAACUAAUACCCGUUUCAAAAUAAAAAAAGGGUGGCCAUUUUUUGAAUAACUUUUGAUAGUUCGAUGGUGGAGAAGUGAAACUUUUAGAGUAGAUAGAGCAAGUCAAGGGCUACAAAACGACAUCCUCCCAAGAUUUUUUGUGUGAUGUUUUCGAAGCUUGGGUAUAUCGACUUUCUUGCGAACAUUCAAGUAGGGACUUAUAAUGCUUUCGGAUCAUAUUUUUUUUAUGGAUUAGAUUCGUCUACUGAAGGUCUACAAGAAUCGCACUAACCCGAAUUUUCGAUAUCCAUCUUUAAAGAAACGGGAUCGAUCCCAAGUAGACCUAUUUUUGCAGAAAAUUGAUGAUAUGACUUGCACAAUUUCACUUCGCAGUAAGUUUUCGCACAGGUUUUCGACUACGGCGAGUCGAAUGGCAGUGUUUUCGAUCAAAGUUGAUCGAUCCAUGUCCAAAAGUCGCCUAAUUGAACUCUGUCUGUCAUGUAAAACUGGGGGUUUUAUGAUGUUUUCUCCUUUAUUUUGGCCUAUGUCGUCCAUCGA